UUUCACAAAUGAUGGCACAAGCUAAUUAAGUAGUGAGCAGGUACAUGUUUGUUUUAAGAACAUUGAUAAGAGGAAGCUAGUAUUUGCAUCUCGGAUCUGGUGUUUAUUCUGCUCCAGGACAGGCAUUGUAAAGAAGGACCUACUGUUGAUUCACUGAAUAACAUCCAGUGUUCUGGCUGGUUCUAUGGAGAGUGAGUUUGGGGGAAACUGAACUGAUGGAGAUAAGCAGCCUUCCAGCCAACUGUUCUAGUCAAGGGAACAACAGCCUCUCCAUUCCACCUUAUGUGGAACGCUUCCAAUUUGCGAUAUACAUUCCCACAUUCAUCCUGGGAUUGCUGUUCAACGGAAUGGCGAUGUGGUUUGCCUGCCGCAAGAUCAGGCAAUGGACAGAACCCAUUAUCUACAUGGCAUCACUGAUGGUUUUUGAUACCUUGAUGCUCUUUGCUCUUCCCUUUAAGAUAAUUUCCUAUCACAAAAGCGAGUGGCAUCUCGGGGGUGCCUUUUGCUCAUUCCUGGAAAGCUUGUAUUUUGUGAACAUGUACGGAAGCAUCUUAACCUCUGCAUGCAUAUGUGUGGAUAGAUACAUUGCUAUAUUGCACCCAUUUGUUGCCGUUACCCUGAGAUCUCCUAAAAAAGCAGCCACAACUUGUCUUGUCAUCUCAGCUGGGGUGUGGGCAGGAACUGCGUGUACAUAUCAACUUCACCAACAUGGAGGCCCCUGCUUCUAUGGCUUUUCCGGAAGUAUUUGGAAAAACACCAUCUUGUUUAUCACCCUGGAAACAGCUUUUCUCAUUUGCAUGACAGCUAUGAUCUUCUGCACGGUCCAGAUCAUUGUACGCCUGCGAAGGAACCAAACGCCUGGUGAGCCCCUCACAAACAGGAGCAAAUCCAUCAAUAUAAUCACAGCAAACCUGACUACGUUUCUCGUCUGCUUCACCCCUUUGCAUGUGGCCCUGGUGUUAUAUUAUCUCGUGAAGAACCAAAUACUGGAUGAUUGCCAGCAGAUCAUUCGCUCAUUUGUUCAGAUCAGCCUGUGCUGGGCUAAUCUCAACUGCUUCCUGGAUGGUAUCUGCUACUAUUUCAUCUUAAAGGAGUUUAUGAAACUUCCCUCAAUGGAGAAGAACACACAAACGAGUACCACCGACUAAAGUAUUCGGAGAGCAGCCAUUUUGGAUGUGCUGUUGUGAAGUGGAAAUUUCUCCCCUUGGAACAAUUUUGCUGAAGUUUGCUUAAAUUCAUGUCAUAUGAUGUUAAUUAUAAGUUAUCUUGAGAAAACUGU